AAAAGCUGUAGUCUCCAGCAUUCCCAUGCACCAGGGGACAGCGGCAACCAUGAGUGACUCCACAGAAGCCAAGAUGCAGCCUCUUAGCUCCAUGGACGAUGAUGAGUUGAUGGUCAGCGGCAGCAGGUAUUCUAUUAAAAGCUCCAGACUACGACCAAAUUCUGGAAUCAAGUGUUUGGCAGGAUGCUCGGGACACAGCCAAGUCCCCUUGGUCCUGCAGCUGCUCUCCUUCCUGUUCUUGGCUGGGCUCCUGCUGAUCAUUCUUUUCCAAGUCUCCAAAACCCCAAAUACCGAGAGGCAGAAGGAACAAGAGAAGAUCCUCCAGGAACUGACCCAGCUGACAGAUGAGCUUACGUCCAGGAUCCCCAUCUCCCAAGGGAAGAAUGAGUCCAUGCAGGCGAAGAUCACUGAGCAACUGAUGCAGCUGAAAACUGAACUCUUGUCCAGGAUUCCCAUCUUCCAGGGGCAGAAUGAGUCCAUACAAGAGAAGAUCUCUGAGCAACUGAUGCAGCUGAAGGCUGAACUUCUUUCCAAGAUCUCCAGCUUCCCGGUAAAGGAUGAUUCUAAGCAGGAGAAGAUCUACCAACAGCUGGUACAGAUGAAGACUGAACUCUUCCGCCUGUGUCGACUCUGCCCCUGGGACUGGACAUUCCUCCUAGGAAAUUGUUACUUCUUCUCCAAGUCCCAGCGGAACUGGAAUGACGCCGUCACAGCUUGCAAAGAAGUGAAGGCUCAACUAGUCAUCAUCAAUAGUGAUGAAGAGCAGACCUUCCUGCAGCAGACUUCUAAGGCUAAAGGACCAACCUGGAUGGGCCUGUCAGACCUGAAGAAGGAGGCCACGUGGCUCUGGGUAGAUGGUUCUACUCUGUCAUCCAGAUUCCAGAAAUAUUGGAAUAGAGGGGAGCCUAACAACAUCGGUGAGGAAGACUGUGUCGAAUUUGCUGGGGAUGGCUGGAAUGACUCUAAAUGUGAACUCAAAAAGUUCUGGAUCUGCAAGAAGUCUGCAACCCCAUGCACUGAAGGCUAGCUCAUCUCCGCUCCUACCUUCAUGCCAUUCUGCCAGGCACAUGGAUGUGCCUCACUUUCGUGCCAGCUCCUUCUUCCUGCCUGUUGGCCUCAGGAUCGUGAAAAAGGCUCUGGGAUUCUUCUUUUUAUCAGAUUUUUCAUCCUCUGCAUUUAUCAUAGUUUCAUUUCUGUUGAUGUGAUAAAACUCUCUAACCAAAAACAACUAAGGCAGAAAGGGGUUUAUUUUACCUUACAUUCCAGAUGAGAGCAGGGAGGUCAGGAUGGCAGGAACUUAAGACAAUUGGUCACAUCACAUCAACAGCCAGGAGGAGACAGAAGUAUGUGCAAGCUAACGCACACAUUUGCUUAUUCUCAGUUCCAUUUUCCUAUUCCUAUAGUUUAGGACCCCUGCCUAGGAAAUGGUGCCAUUCAUAGUUGGCUAGAUGUUCCCACCUCUGUUAACUUCAAUAAGACAAGCCCCCACAGACAUGCUCACUGGCCAACCCAAUGCAGGCAAUACACCAUUGAGCCUCUUCCCAGGUGACUAUACGCUGUGUCAGGCUGACUAUCACAAAGGGACUCACUAUUGUCCUUUUGCUUUCAGGUUUCUCUGGGCUUAGGGCUCACUGUUGUCCCCCCACUUCAGUGCAGUUACCUGAUGUAGGAUGCUUUCAGAAUCUGGGUGUUUUCCAUUAACCUACUCCAUCUUCCUUGCUGAGACACAUACACUCAAAGGUCAGAAGAAGACAUUGGUGUUCUCUUUGAUAGCUCUUUACUCCCUUGAGACAGGAGUUGGAGUUCAUUAUUUUUUUAGCAAGGCUGGUGAUCUGAAAGAUCCAACAUUUUUCUGUCUCCACUCACCUCCUAAAUGAAGUUACAGUCACAUGUGGCCAUGUCUGGCCUCUAACAAUUACUAGGGCUUCAAGGUCAGGCCCUCUUUCUUGCACAUCAGCACUCUUAUCCACUAAGCAUCUCCCCAGCCAUUUGUCUAUUGUCAGGUAGUCUAGUUUACUGUUGCUGUAAUAAAGUCCUGACAAAAUGCAA